AUGAAGCAUAAUUAUCAAAGUGUUUCAAAGGCAACAGGGGCGACCCUUAUUACAUUUUCCAUAUUUCUCAUGAUCCUUGACUCAACAUGGAUUUGGAUGGACUGGUACGUGCGGGAUAGAUGUUAUCGGUAUCACUCGGGUAAUGGGUACUACUACUGUUCCCGAAGCCAAUACUUUCCAAUGUACUCGUGGACGUAUGGAUAG